AAUCCUACCUUCUCCUGAGCUUGGACGCUUUCCUCUCUGUGCUCCUUGCUAAUCAAUUCACCAGCAUGAAGGUCUUGGUGUUGCUGGUACUGGUGGCAGUUUCCACCUUUCUGGUCUCAGGCCAGACUACAAGUGCUCCCUCUGGUAGCUCUACUGCUGCCCCUGAUUCCACCACUGCUGCGGACACCACUGCUGCGGACACCACUGCUGCGGAGACCACUGCUGCGGACACCACUGCUGCGGACACCACUGCUGCGGAGACCACUGCUGCGGACACCACUGCUGCUGCCACCACUACUUCAUUUCACCUUAUAAGAUACAUCAUCAACAGGAUUAAGACUAAACUAGGUUUCUAUAAGCACUAAGAUGAAGGUAGCCUGGGCCUUUUGCAAUUGAUCCUGCUGGGCUUGGCCACAAUGUCUCUUCAAUUGAUUUAAUCCUGCUACUUAACACAUCUACUAUCUCUGUCUUAUCACUAAUCAGUUUAUCUGUUUUCAAAUAAAAAAAAUUGAAAAACAUUAAGAAUCA